AUGGGACAAGACUCUAGUGUGGGCCAUGAUCCCGGCAAAUCGCUGUCUCCUACCCCGCAGCAUAGACGCGGCUACCAAGCUUGCGAUCCGUGUCGCAAGCGUAAGGUCAAGUGCGACCUGGGCAGUGUCGAUAACCCUCGACCCCCACCAUGUGUACGAUGUCGCCGCGAAAGCAAACGAUGUGAAUUUUCUAUCACUCGUCGCAAGCGUAAACUCUCCGAACCGCCCGAGGAAGAUGUUGAGGAGGCCGAUGUUCUUCGCCGCGACAAACGGAUGAUGAUUGGUGAGGUCGCGGCGAAGAAAGAAGCAUCGUCAGAUGGAUCUCCAUUCAUCCCGCCUGAACCAUCCUUCGAUACUGAUGGAUUUCGGCCUCGUCAACGCUGGCCUGAAGCGCCCCCUCCUGUCGCCUCCGUCGCUGCCGCCCAACGAUACACCCCAAGUGCACCCAUAGCUGCGCCCGCGAGACAGUUUCUAGAGUCGAGAGCCCCGCGCAUUCCCAGCUAUUCCACUGCUGAGAGAAGCUCGGCACCUGGGUAUGGUGGGCCGCCUAUGCUGAAUCGUACGGCGGUGGAAUUGUUGUCGCCUGCCAUCACCAAUACACACGACGCUUUACACUUGCUAUCUGAAGCGGCGGGGAGAACAGAGGAUCUGAAUCGCUUUGCAGCACGACAAUCCGUUUCCUCCUUUAACUCGGGCCCUUCCCCUCUGGCAAAUGUCAAUUCCCCGGGAAAUCUGAGUGGAUCGUUUUCGCGUACGCCGCGAUCGGGCAUGUCCAUCGGCGCAAAUGGCUCAUAUCCAGCCGGUGGACCAGGUGCCGUAGAUCCCCAGAUAUCCGAGGACACUGCUCCGUCCGAUGGCUCAGCUAAUACUCAAGACCCGGGGUACAUCGAUGCCGUUCGGGCGUGGUCACGGCUUCGGUUCGUCCGUGCCGGAUGGAUGACGGUAGAAGAGGGCAUGGACUACGUUGCGUACUACUACGAGAAUCUAGCGCCCAUGAGUCCAGUGGUGACUCCGGAUUAUUCGGAGCCUUCGAAACAUCGGAUAUUACUGACGGAAGAGCCCGUGUUAGCAGUGACCAUCCUGACGAUUGCUUCACGGCAUUUGAAACCCAAAGGCGACGGUGCUAGCACCCGGGCAUUCUAUAUCCAUGACCGUCUCUGGUCUUACUUGCGAGGCAUGAUUGAACGCCUGUUCUGGGGUCAAGAGAAAUUCGAUGCCGGAGGCCCAGGGAUCGGUGGACCGCGAUCUCUUGAUCUCGCUCCAACUUCCAGCAGACCCAGUUUGAGAGGCAACUUGAGAGCUUUAGGUACUGUGGAGGCUUUGCUGAUUCUUACGGACUGGCACCCGAGAAAUCUGCACUUCCCUCCCGGUGACGAUGAAAAUACACUGUUGGACAUCGAUGCUCAGAGCCAAAACUUUGACAAGGAUUUGGAAAUUGGUGAGCAGGCAAAGGGGGCGAACCCUGAAGGUAGAUUCGCGUUUCAAAAAUGGUUGGAGCCAGCUUGGCGAUCGGACCGGAUGUCUUGGAUGCUACUGAGUACUGCACAAGCUCUUGCUUUUGAACUUGGCGUUUUUGAUCAUAAAACCGAGCCAAAAAGCACGCCUGAGUCCCCUGCAGAACAGAUAAGAAAACGUCGUCUACGAAGGUUGAUUCUAGUCUUCAUUACACACAGCAGUGGGCGAUUGGGCAUUCCAUCAAUGCUUCCCCUAUCUGAAUGGGGCCAGGAUGUCGAAGGAAACAACAUUGACUCCAAAGAUGGGGAUCCGGACCUUGAUAGAAUGCAGGAUUGCUGGAUGGGCAUUUCCAAAAUUGUCUAUCAGGCUAAUCACCAGCUAUUUGCAUCAAGUGAACAAACGUCGGAGCUUAUCAAGAGCGGGAGAUAUCGGGAGCAAAUUGACUGGUUCCAACCCCAGCUGCGAGAAUUCCGGCAGCAUCUCGAUAAUGUCAAUCUUUCUUCGGCGAUGCGAAGCAUCCUGCUCAUUGAAUACGAGUAUACAAGGCUGUAUGUUAACUCGCUCGCUCUACAAGCUGUUGUCGACCGGUGGACUACCAUGUCCAACGAGUCUGCCCAAGCUCAGCCUGGGCGGCCGGGCUCGGGUCCGUCUCCCGGCAGCAGCGGUUGGUUUCGGACUUUGAUGGAGCUAUACCGCGUCAACGAGCAAUACAUUCAGGAGGUUGUGGAUGCCUCCCGUAAGAUCCUACAGACGGUUCUUGAGGGCCUCGUUCCGGGAGGGCGUCUCAAGCAUGCUCCCAUCCGGACGUUUUUCCGGAUUCUGUCUGGCAUGAUCUUCAUUUUAAAAACAUUCACCCUAGGUGCUCGUGAAGAUGACGUGCGAGUGUCAUUGGAUCUACAAGACCGGACAGUGGAGGCCCUUCGCACCUUUGUCGUCGAUGAUGUACACAUCAGUAACACUGUUGCUCGACUGCUAGAGUUACUGACCAGUAGUAUUCGGACCCGCUUCCUACGUUUCGCACCGCAUGACCGCGGUGUGGAAGGUGACGGACAGGAUCGUGGCUCCGCUCCGGUCUCACGAGCCCACUCGCCCCCUCGGGAGAGUGUUUCGGGUCGACGUGAAGGGGCGCAAACCCCUUGGUCAUCCACCCAGGACGCAACUCCGAGCGGAGGCGGCUUGGGAUAUGUGGAAAGCAGCAGCGCCGGCGGGAACCCGAUUGGAUCAGCUCACGACUCCCUUGCUAAUAUCCCUGCUCAGCCGAUCAACUCUUCUAACCUGGGUGUAUCAUUCAUGCCGCCGCCACCGUCGGUCUACUACAACUAUUACGACUCGAACUCGACGAUAACUACCAAUGGUCUUGGGCGGUCUUCUCCGAACCAUGCUGUCUCCUCGCAGCCCCUUGAUAGUAAUGGAGCAAACACUGCACUCCCUGACUGGUUUGCCCUUCCCUUGGAUCAAUUCUUCAACAGCUCUACUGCGGUGGUUGAUCAGGGUCUAGGUGGGACUGGACCGAUGCUUGGCGAGUUUGACAUGUUGGAAGUGUUGCUUAAUGAGGGCUAUGACAAUAGUGCUCAUGAGGGCGACUCCGGUGGGCUUGGCCCUCAGUUCCUAUCUUGA